UCUUUUUGCAUUCUUUCCUGAAAUCAUGGUGUGGGCUAAAAUGAAGUUCCCCUUUGAGAAAAGGGUGAAGCUAGCUCAGAGUUUGUGGAUGCUCUCCUUGCUGGCCACUGUAGGUGGAGCAGUCACCUUCUGUCUUGGGUGCUUCUUGAAGACAGAACUACGCAAGAGAGGAGAGGUGAUGGACAACACAGAGAUCCACAUUGUCCCAAACACCCUCAUUCUGGCUGGAUUGGCCUCUAUGGGAAUCAAUUGGUUUGCUGGUAGGAUUUGCCAGGACGCCCUGGAUGCCACCCGCUUCCCACGCUGGAAGACCUUCCUAAAACCCUACUUCUGUUGUACCAUCUUCUUCACCACCCUGCUGCUGAUUGGAGUCAUUCUAAGUUACGCCAUGAAGGGCAGCCUGGAGGGCUCGCUGAAGGUCGGCCUCAAGAAUGGCAUCCGCUUCUACAAGGACACGGACACCCCAGGUCGCUGCUUCCAGAAGCAGACCAUUGAUCGCCUGCAGAUGGAGUUUCGGUGCUGCGGUAACAGCGAUUACAAGGACUGGUUUGAGGUGCAAUGGAUCAGUAACCGCUACCUGGAUUUCAGCUCCAAGGAGGUUAAGGAUCGUAUCAAGAGUAAUGUGGAUGGGCGUUACCUAGUGGAUGGUGUACCCUUCAGUUGCUGUAACCCAAGUUCCCCUAGACCCUGCAUCCAGUACAAACUGACCAACAACUCUGCCCACUACAACUAUGAGCACCAAACUGAGGACCUCAACAUCUUCAUUCGUGGCUGCAGGGAAGCUCUGGUUGGCUACUACAUGGGGCUGAUGAACAGCAUUGGUGCUGUAGUGCUGACUGUCUUUAUCCUUCAGAGUACAGUGGUUGCAUGCCUAAGAUAUCUGCAGACCUCCAUGGAAGCUGUGGUUGGGCAGGAGAAUACAGAGGUGGAAACUGAGGGCUACCUGCUGGAGAAGAGUGUGUCAGAGACCAUUAUGGAGUACCUGGACCCUGUGAUGAAGCUACUUCUGAUAAACCAGGUGGAAGAUGGGCAGGUCAAGGCAGAGGCAGGGGCUGCUGGGACAUCCGGUGCAACGACUGGGUCCUAAAUAGCAACAUUUAUUUGGUUCAAUGAAAUAAAUGACCCAGUACAACUGGUACUUGGCAAAGAUAUCUUUUUUCAUUUUUAGCAAUGAGCAAUCUCAUACAGUAUGUACAUCAUAGUAAAUAAUGUACAAAGUCCAUUCUCCAUUGUCAAGU